UCUCCUUUUCGUGCCUCGGCAGAGCGGAAGGAGCGAGUCAGGACGGCUCAUACCGUUAGGAGGAGACUGGUCAACAGCUCCCAGAAGCGAGGAGGCAUCUCCGGUACCUGUCGGUGUGGUAGGUGACCACGCGCGCGAGCUUGUUGCAGCGUGAAGACAGAUAAAAAAGAAGAGAAGAAGCAGAAGAAGAAGGGCUGUCUGUUGGGAGGCAUUUCUGCUGGAGACGGGAUAAACAGAUCACCGGUGCUUCUGAAGCUCGACGGAAAGAUGGACUGGCUGUGCGGUCCGGAACUCCAGUUCUGGAUAACCAAUGAGACGUUCCACGCAGACCAGCCCGACCUCCCGGAGUGUUUCCAGCUCUCUGUCUUGUCAUGGCUUCCAUGCAUAUUCCUGUGGGCCGCCUCACCUUUCUACCUCUUCUACCUCAAGAAGAACAACAAAGGAUACAUCAUGAUGUCCAUUCUGAACAGGGUCAAAACUGUGUUUGGUUUGUUAUUGUGGAUUGUGUGCUGGACGGACCUCUUCUACGCGUUCCACCAGAUACGCCAGGGUCAUGGCCAGGUGCCCAUCUACUUCAUCACCCCUCUGGUGCUCGGGAUGACCAUGCUGUUGGCCACGUUUCUGAUACAGUAUGAGAGGUUACAUGGGGUUCAGUCCUCAGGGGUUCUCUUCAUCUUCUGGUUCCUGUCUGUGGUGUGUGCCAUUGUGCCUUUCCGCUCCAAGAUCCUAAAGGCCUCCAAUCAGAGCGAAGUUCCAGACAAGCUGCGAUUCAUCACCUUCUACUUCUACUUUGGCCUGUUGGUCUUUGAGCUGAUCCUCUGCUGCUUUAACGAGAAACCUCCUCUUUACUGUGACGUUGUCACUGACCCAAAUCCAUGUCCUGAAACCACAGCAGGUUUUCUUUCCACCGUGACUUUCUGGUGGUUCACAAGUUUGGCCAUAAAGGGAUACAAAAUGCCCCUGGAAGCCAAAGAUCUGUGGUCUCUGAACCAGCGUGACAGCUCCAAGGUGAUGGUGCCUAGACUCCUCAAAGAGUGGGACAAGGAGCAGGCCAAGGCCAGGAGCGAGGCGAUCCAGUCCAGCCAGGCCACUUACGCCAAGCCCCCACCUUCCACCACCAACCACACCGCAGGAGGUCCGACUGAAAACAGCCCGGAGGAAGUGGAGGUGCUGCUGUCCAAUCAGAAAGCUGCUCCCCACCAGCCGUCCUUUCUGCACGCCCUCAUCAAAGCCUUCGGCCCCUACUUCCUGAUCGGCUCUGCCUUCAAGCUCCUGCAGGAUGUCAUCACCUUUGUCAACCCGCAGCUGCUCAGGAUGCUGAUCUCCUUCACGAAGCAGGAAAAGGCCCCUUAUUGGUGGGGGUACGCGCUGGCCAUCCUCAUGUUCCUCACGGCUUUACUACAAACGCUCAUCCUCCAUCGGCACUUUCAGUACUGCUUCAUCACUGGCAUGAACGUCCGCACCGCUCUUAUUGGAGCCAUCUACAGGAAGGCGUUGGUGAUUACUAAUGCAGCCAAGCGUUCCUCUACGGUGGGGGAAAUAGUGAAUCUGAUGUCUGUGGAUGCUCAAAGGUUCAUGGACCUCACCACCUUCCUCAACAUGCUGUGGUCUGCUCCCCUGCAGAUAAUGCUGGCGCUGUAUUUCCUCUGGCAGAACCUCGGCCCGUCUGUGCUGGCUGGAGUAGCAGUUAUGGUGAUGCUCAUCCCACUUAAUGCUUUCAUUGCCAUGAAGACACGAGCCUACCAGGUGGAACAGAUGCAGUACAAGGACGAACGCAUCAAGCUAAUGAACGAGAUCCUGAAUGGCAUCAAAGUUCUCAAGCUGUACGCCUGGGAGAACUCCUUCAAGGAUAGAGUCCUCGCCAUUCGGCAGAAGGAGCUCAACGUGCUGCGUAAGACAGCCUACCUGGGAGCGCUGUCCACCAUGGCCUGGACCAGUGCCCCUUUCCUAGUUGCCUUGACAUCGUUUGCUGUGUUUGUGACUGUAGAUGAGAAAAACAUCCUUGACGCGGAGAAGGCCUUUGUGUCGCUCUCACUCUUCAACAUCCUCAGAUUUCCCCUCAACAUGCUCCCUCAAGUCAUCAGCGGCCUUGUCCAGGCCAGCGUUUCGUUGAAGCGAAUCCAAAGUUUCCUGAGUCACGAUGAGUUGGACCCAAACUCAGUGGACAGAAAGAACUCAAGCACGGAGUUCUCAGUCUCAGUAGUCAAUGGGAAGUUUACGUGGGGUAAAGAAGAUCCUCCCGUCCUGCACAACAUGAAUGUGAUGGUGCCUCAGGGGUCCCUGCUGGCUGUCGUGGGCCACGUGGGCUGUGGAAAAUCCUCCCUGAUCUCUGCUCUGCUGGGUGACAUGGAAAAACUGGAGGGAGAGGUUUCUGUUCGGGGCUCUGUGGCUUAUGUUCCGCAGCAGGCCUGGAUUCAAAAUGCCACCCUGCGGAACAACAUCCUGUUUGGGAAAAGUUACGAUGAGCGGAAAUACCACCGCGUCCUGGACGCCUGCGCCUUAACCCCAGACCUGGAGGUGCUGCCAGGAGGAGACAUGACAGAGAUAGGAGAGAAGGGCAUCAACUUGUCUGGAGGUCAGAGACAGAGGGUGAGCUUGGCUCGAGCUCUGUACAGCGACGCCGACGUCUACCUGCUGGACGACCCCCUGUCUGCCGUGGACGCUCAUGUUGCCAAACACAUCUUUGACAACCUGAUUGGUCCGGAGGGGGCGCUGAAGGGCAAGACUCGCAUCCUAGUGACGCACGGCAUCAGCUUCCUGCCUCAGGUGGACAACAUCGUGGUGAUGGUGGAAGGCGGGGUGUCAGAGAUGGGCUCCUAUCAGGAGCUGCUCAAACAGAACGGGGCUUUUGCUGAGUUCCUCCGGAACUAUGCUUUAGACGACACCGUCGAGGAGGACGAGGCCAUCGAGGAUUUGUUAGAAGACGAGGAGUUCUUCCCUGAUGACGUCCUUAGCAAUCACCACACAGACAUGGUGGACAACGAACCUGUGAUCAAUGAAGCCAGGAAAAGUUUUAUGAGACAAAUCAGCGUUAUGUCUUCAGAGGGAGAGAACUUCAGGUGUCGCUCUGUGAAGAGACACGGCUGCAGCCAGAGGAAGCACAGUGUGUCUCAGGAGAAGAAGAAACCCCCGGAGGUGCAGAAGCUCAUCCAGGCCGAGACAGCAGAGACAGGCCGGGUGAAAUCCAAAGUGUACCUGGAGUACGCCAAGGCAGUGGGGCCGCUGCUCUCCGUCAUCAUCAUCCUGCUGUACGGCUGUCAGAGCGCCGCUUCCAUCGGAGCAAACAUCUGGCUCAGCCAGUGGACCAACGACGCCUCUGGAAAUGGGACCCAGGUGGAUGUUCCCAUGAGGGUGGGGGUGUAUGCUGCGCUGGGCAUCACUCAAGGUGUGCUGAUUUUGGUUAACUGCCUGCUGUGCCGGGCCUACAGCAUGCUACGUGCAGCCAAGCUCACACACCUCAACAUGCUGCAGGGGGUCCUGCGGGCCCCGCAGGCCUUCUUCGAGAGCACCCCUACUGGGCGGUUACUGAACCGCUUCAGCAAAGACGUGGAUUCUAUAGACUCCCACAUCCCAGACAAUAUUGACAUAUGGAUGCGCACUUUCUGGUACACACUGAAUGUGCUGCUCAUAUGCUCAGCCCUCACCCCAAUGUUCCUCAUAGUGGUAGCCCCGUUAAUGGUGUUCUAUUGGUGGGUUCAGAGAUUUUACGUUGCCACGUCUCGGCAGCUUAAGCGCCUGGAGUCGGUCAGCCGCUCUCCCAUUUACUCCCAUUUCUCUGAGACCAUCACCGGCUCUAGCGUAAUCCGGGCCUAUAGCAGAGACACCGCGUUUGUUCUGAUGAGUGAUGUGAAAGUGGACGAGAACCAAAAGAGUUACUACCCUGGUAUAGUGUCCAACAGGUGGCUCGGAGUGCGCAUCGAGUUCAUCGGGAACUGCAUCGUCCUGUUUGCUGCUCUGUUCGCCGUGACGGGAAAGGAGAGCCUGAACCCUGGACUCGUGGGCCUGUCGGUGUCUUACGCUCUCCAGGUGACCAUGUCUCUGAACUGGAUGGUGAGGAUGACUUCAGACCUAGAGAACAACAUCGUGGCAGUGGAGAGGGUGAAGGAGUACUCCGAGACCAAAACAGAGGCCCCCUGGGAGGUGGAGGACAAGAAGCCCCCCCCGGAAUGGCCCAUGACAGGGAAUGUGCAGUUCCAAAACUACAGCGUCCGGUACCGCGAGGGUCUGGACCUGGUCCUGAGGAACAUCACGCUGAACGUGAAAGGAGGAGAGAAGAUCGGCAUUGUGGGUCGCACUGGGGCUGGGAAGUCCUCCAUGACGCUCUGCCUCUUCAGAUUACUGGAAGCCGCUGCAGGAGAGAUCACCAUCGAUGAUGUGAAGAUAGCAGAGAUAGGCCUGCAUGACCUGAGGUCCAAGCUCACUAUCAUUCCCCAGGAACCCGUGCUGUUCUCUGGAACGCUGCGGAUGAACCUGGACCCUUUUGAGAAAUAUAGUGAUGAGGAUGUGUGGAAGGCCCUGGAACACUCUCACCUCCACAGGUUUGUCAGCAACCAGUCGGCCAAACUGGAGCUGGAGUGUUCGGAGGGAGGAGAGAACCUCAGCGUGGGCCAGAGGCAGCUGGUGUGUCUGGCCCGGGCCCUCCUGAGGAAGACAAGGAUCCUGGUCCUGGAUGAGGCUACCGCUGCUAUCGACCUGGAGACAGAUGACCUCAUCCAGUCCACUAUAAGGACACAGUUUGAUGACUGCACAGUCUUCACCAUUGCACACAGACUCAACACCAUCAUGGACUACACAAGAGUGCUGGUGUUGGACAAGGGACGGGUAGCAGAGUUUGACACGCCCACUAACCUUAUAUCACGGAGGGGAAUCUUCUACGGCAUGGCGAAAGACGCCGGGCUCGCUCAGUAGGUCUGGUCUAAUGUCCCAGAACCAGACCAGGGUUCGGCACAGUUCAGCUGGACUCAGUUUCAAACGUGGCAGCCGAACCGAGCGGGGCUGUUUAUCUGGACCUGUUUGUUUAAAGGGUGUGCGUAUGUGUGCGUGCGUGCGUGAGUUUUCAGGGCACUUCCUGCUCGUUUUAAAUGAAGCCUAAACUCUUGUGCAGACUUGGCUCAACCAGCUCGUUUGAGGUGACUUCAGGACUCGUGUUAGCUGUUUUUUCAAAGGCUGUUGUGUCAUUCGCCUCCACUCACCUGUCUGGAGUCUUGAAUAGGAAAUAGGAAAGCCACUUUCACAUCUGGGUGGGACCGGACUGGACCGGACUGGGUUUGGUCAGCCCGUCCCUGCACGACCAGGAUUUGUUCACACAGCUUUCUCAGGAACAUGGAUGUCCCCGAGCACGUGGGGGUGACUAAAGACACGUGACCAAAUUCGUAGUGUCCCCGUUAAGUUGGUAUACAAAGGCGGCCAUGAGCCGUUUCUUUUGGAGGCUCUGGCAUGAAGCACACAGCCUCCUGUCCUGCAGCAGCAGUGCUGUUGUGGGCUCCUUUACCAGCAGUCUGUCCUAAUGCUGGAGCAGAAGGUCUGAGCUGCAGUCAUAGCAUGGUAAGUGGCCUGUAUUUGUUUAACGCCUUCUUAGGGUUUCACAACUCCCCAAGGCGCUUUGCAACACAGAUGCUUUACAAAACACCAGUCAUUCACCCAUUCACACGCUGGUGGGAAUGAGCUACGAUGUAGCCACAGCUGCCCUGGGGCGAGAGGCGAGGCUGCCGAACACAGGCGCCACCAGUCCCUCUGACCACCACCAGCAGGGAAGGCAGGUUAAGUUUCUUAGUCAAGGACACAACAGCAGCAUUCUCUGUUCGGAGCUGGGAUCAAACCUGCAACCUACUGCACAACCCGCUCAAGCUACUGCUGUCCCCCGAAGACGUUUAAAUGAGUCACACAUGCAGGGAACCACCACUGGCUGAUUCUAGCCGCCAAUCAGAGGCUCCCUCUUGUAGGUAGGCGUGAACUUCAACUGGCCAAUCAGCCUGUAGUGGGUGUGUUGGGUCGACGCCGCACCAAGCUGACCGCAGGAGAGCAGGUCUGAAAAGCCCGGUCGGCUGAGAACAGAAACAGAUUACCCAGAUGUGAACACACCAGGGCUGGGCCGGGCCGACCCAGAUGUGAAAGCCCCAUUAAGCCAUGCAGACACACGCUACCUGAUCCAAGCCUGCUCCCAGUGCCUUCUGCCAGUUGGCUAUAAAGCCAGUGAAUGUAUCGUGUUUUUAUUGGCUGUCUGCUGCAAAACAACGGAAAAGAGUUUUUUUAAUCAUUGUUUUUUUACUGUGCCAUUAGACUUUUUUCAUUAGAGAGAAAAAACACCAUUUUGUGAUACAAACCCACAUAUUUUUUGUACUGUGUCUUUAUUUAAGCUACUUUUUAAUGUAUUUAGAGCAAGGAUAGGAAAUCCUGGCUUUACAGGUCCAGUAUCCAACAUAGUGGUUACCCUGCUGCAACUCACCUGAUUUUACCCAGCAGGUAAUAACAGGCAUCCGCAAAGCUUGGUGAUUUGGUGAGUCCGGUGCGUUGAAGCGGGGAAACACCUGAAACAUGCUGGUUAGUGGAUCUCAAGGACCAGGAUUACCUACCCCUGAUCUAGGGAAAUUUGUUCAGUGAAAUGUGUGAUUCUUCUUUGAACCAAAUCUAUUAAAACUUGAAUUAUGUACCACCAAAAUAUGAAAAAAGCAAUGUGCCUUUAAUAAAAAAGACAACACAAGA